AGCGGCCAGACGGGCUCCGCUGGGGGACUUUCGGCUGCCGGAGGCGGGGAAGGGGCGGCUGCAGCGGACCCGGAAGUGGUUGCGCCCAUCGGGGGCGGUGGGAGCGCGCCGUGCGGGUUGGUGGGUGGGGGAAGGAGAGGAAGAGGAGGGGGCGGCGGCGGCGGCUGGACGGAUCUGCGCGGGGACGGCGCGCGAGCCGGGAAGAGGCGCGAAGGAGGCGGCAAGGCGAGAGCAGCGCGGCUCGGGAUGCAUUCGGACUGCCGGCUGCUGCGCCCGAGACGCGGGGUAUGGUGAGCAGCCCGGAGCGCCCGCUCCCCCGGGGGACCCGGCCGGCGCUGGCCUCCCUCCUCCUCCUCCUGUUGCUGCUCAGGCGGGACGCAGCGGCGCAGAAAGGUGAUGGAUGUGGACAUACCGUUUUAGGUCCUGAAAGUGGGACCUUUACAUCUAUUAACUACCCGCACGCCUAUCCCAAUAGCACUGUGUGUGAAUGGGAGAUUCGAGUAAAGCCUGAGCAGAGAGUGCAGCUCAAAUUUGGGGAUUUCGAUAUUGACGAUUCAGAUUCUUGCCAUUUUAAUUACGUGAGAGUUUAUAAUGGAAUUGGACCCACAAGGACAGAAAUAGGAAAAUACUGUGGUUUAGGCUUACAGAUGGAGAAUUUAAAUGAAUCAAAGGGUAAUGAAGUUACAGUACAAUUCAUGAGUGGCAUACACUUCUAUGGACAUGGAUUUCUUGCAUCCUAUUCAACCACCGACAAAACAGAUUUAAUAACGUGUUUAGACACUGCAAGUCAGUUUUCUGAGCCAGAGUUCAGUAAAUAUUGCCCAGCUGGAUGUGUGCUUCCUUUUACUGAUGUUUUUGGGACUGUUCCUCACGGCUACAGAGAUUCUUCCUCCAUUUGCAUGGCUGGGGUGCAUGCAGGAGUGGUGUCCAACGUCCUCGGAGGUCAGAUCAAUGUCGUAAUCAGCAAAGGCAUUCCAUACUAUGAAAGUUCUCUGGCUAACAAUGUCACUUCAAAAGCAGGAGCACUGUCUUCAGGUCUCUUCACUUUCAAAACUAGUGGUUGCUACGGGACACUGGGAAUGGAGUCUGGAGUCAUUGCUGAUUCGCAGAUUAAUGCAUCGUCAUUUCUAGAAUGGCCUGAGCAAGUGGGGCAGCCCAGCACCUGGAGGCCAGAAAGAGCCAGGUUGAAAAGGCCUGGACACUCUUGGGCAGCUUUUACCAAUGAUGAGUAUCAGUGGUUGCAAAUAGACCUAAACAAAGAGCAACGCAUAACAGGUAUAAUAACUACUGGAUCCACCUUAGCAGAGUACCAUUAUUAUGUCUCUGCCUACAGGAUUCUGUACAGGAACGAUGGGCAGAAGUGGACAGUAUACAAAGAACCUGGUGUUGAGAGGGAUAAAGUAUUUCAAGGCAACACUGGGUAUUAUCAAGAAGUCCGCAAUAACUUCAUUCCACCCAUUAUUGCUCGUUUCGUUAGAAUAAACCCUUUGAAGUGGCACCAGAAAAUCGCAAUGAAAGUUGAACUGCUAGGAUGUCAGUUUAGUGUUGUUCGGGCUCCAAGACCUACAGUACCCCCACCACCCAGGAACAGCAAUGACUUUCCCUCGCACACUGAUAAAACCACCUUCACUCCGGAGAUCAAGAACACUACAGUAGCUCCAAGCGUAACCAAAGAUGUGGCAUUGGUAGCUGUUCUGGUUCCUGUGUUGGUCAUGGUCCUUACCACCCUCAUUUUGAUCUUAGUUUGUGCCUGGCAUUGGAGAAACAGAAAGAGAAAAUCAGAAGGAACCUAUGACAUACCAUAUUGGGAUCGUGCAGGUUGGUGGAAAGGCAUGAAGCAGUUUCUUCCUGCCAAGUCUGUAGAGCACGAGGAAACACCUGUUCGUUACAGCAGCAGUGAAGUUAGUUGCCUUAGAUCAAGAGAAGUUACAACCAUGUUACAAACCCAGACUGCAGAUUCUUCAAGUUCAAAAUUAUCAUACCAUUUCAUUCGGGACUAAAGGUAUUUCAGCUUCUAACUCCUAGUGGGAUUAUUUUUCCAAGGUUUAUAUACUUGAAACCAGUUAGUAACUUUUGUGCACAAUGAGAAUUGCUGAAAGCAUAGCUGUAUAACCUACAAGCCAGUCUCCCUUUGGCCAUGCUUUAAAUGUGUAUAUAUUUUUUACAAAGCACAUUAGGGCGACAUGAAAAGAAUGCUUUGUUUUUAUUGUAUUAUAACAGCACUGUAGUGAUGAUGUAGAACAGAUAAAUGUGAUAUCCCCCUCUAUACGCAAUAGCCCAGUUUUAUGGACUUCAUUAUGAACAUAUAGUUCAAAAGAAUAUUGGGUGUUAUCCCGUUGUGUUCGUCUGCUAGCAGCAGAUUGUCCACUUGCAGAAUGAGAUUUUCUCCCUUCCUCUCCUCCUCUGCACAGACACCAAAUCUUCUUCAGAGAGAGGGAAAGUGGCAGGGGGUUAAAGGGUAAGGAAGCCAAAAUCCACUUGAACUGUAUUGGAUACUGCCCAUUUCUAUUUUUCUUGUGGUCUGUAUUGUUGAAUGCACAAUAUAUCUCAAUGUAGCUGGCUGGAAAGGUAAAUCAUGACAAUCACAACUCUUAAAUGUAGUUAGUACUCCUUAGCCCAGCUUUCUCUAGCCUGGGGCCCCUUCGGAUGUUGAGGACCACGCUAUAGCUGGGACUGAAGCCCACAACAGCUCGAGAGCAGCAGCCUUAGUCCAAUACUUAGUUUCAACAGUAUGGCAUGCUGGUUCGCUCUUGUGCUUUGUUCCAUUUAUAUUUUGUUUAUUUAUAAAAGUGAUAACAUAACUUAUUUUUAUUCUGUAAACUACGGUACACCGAGGCUAAAUGUGUGGCCUAAGAAAACUUUCAGAAUAUGUGUAUAUGUAGACUCUAUUCUAUGGCCUAGUCUAUAAUUUCUUGCUUCGUUUGGUCCAAUGGAUAUGGGUGCAUAUCUGCCAGGUUGGAUUCAACGAAAUCUGUGUUGAAUAUAUGACACCCUAAUCGUGUCAUUGUCUAUCUCUGUUAGGGUCUCUAGACUCAGCUGUCCUACUCUUACAUAUCUACAUCUUUGAAAACCAUGCUGUAGAAAUAGCACAUUUGCAACAGAGUGAUUUCCACCUCCCGCCAUUGCCAAAAGGUGAUUCAUUUCUGGAAGUAAAAUUCAAGGGAUUAACUCUUUUAAGUUCAGAUGGUAGCACUCGUGCAGCUUGCCAGUCAAAACAUAGUUCCUUAGCUUGGUUAUAAAUGGCUAUAAAUCACUUCUUGGUUACAAAUCGGAAUCAGAAGCCCAAAUUCUUCAAAAACCUGAGAUUGCAGUUGGAUUCAGUGGCGCACAUCAAGCAAACAACUACUUGUAAACAGAAUUAAAAACUAUUACCUUUAUUUAUUGACAGUAUUUAUAAAUCACUCUUCUACAUAUGUUACAAGGCAGUGCACCAAAUGCCACAUUACGAAUAGCAAAGUAAACUAUGUCAAACUCUAAAAUUAAUGGCAGAAAAGCAACAGGAAAAUAAUCCUAGCUGAUUUUCAAAUGCCUAGUGGAAUAGAACACAACCUAGCUUUCCUAGCUACUAAAAAUUCUUCUUAGAAACGUAUUUUCUGCUCAGAUUCUAAACAGAUGGUAGCUAUCUUUAAAGGAAAACCAGGCAGCAAUCUUGUACCCACUUCCCUAGUUGUAAGCCCAGUGAACUGAAGGGGCUUAUUUCUGAUUAAACAUGUUAUAGGGGUUGCACUCUGAGUGUUUUAACUUGAAUGUUGCACCAGUUAGAGUGGCUUGGUGUAUUCGUACCACGCCAAAGUAUAGAAUUGUGUAUGUGUGAUGUUUCUUACAAAAAUUGACAAGUGUACAUACAAGAGACUACCAAAAGCCACGGUAGGGCUGUUUUUCAAAGCUGCCUGUUACUGGAAUUGUGCACAAAAGUGUAUAUGCUUAGUUUGAAGUCUUGCAGGUAUCCAAACCCACAAACCUUAGUACAAGCAAGUCCACCUCCACUGUAUGUUGCAGAUUUAAGCUUGCCAGCACAUAAAAUAUUACAACAGUAUAAAAGGAAUGGUGUGAGCAAUUGAAUGUAUCAAAAUUAAAUGGCCAAUUAGAUGAAAACAGCUUUCUUGACUUACUGCCCUGUAUUUUAGGUACUAACUUAUUGAUUCCUGAAUGUAAGACACACAGCACAGGCAAGUAUCCACACACGUGUUUUGGGGUUUAGGCUCACUGUUGGUAUUGUCUCAAGGUAUACAGAGGGGUCACUCGGUUAGUGCAGGUGAGAUGGGUGCAAAUAAGUGGCUGUUUUCCUAGAAUGUACUUCCUUACCUCAGCAUGUUCUGUAGUCACUCUGUAUAUGUUGCUAGAAUUUAGAUAAUAUGAAUAGCAAUUUUUUAAUGUAUGUGUUAAAACCUUUUAAUAAAAUGCACAAUGUGGAA